UAGUCUUGUGUCUCUCCAUGAUGAUAAUUGUAUGCUUUGUUGCAUUCAACUGAACCAUUUUGGAUGAGAUAGGCAACUAAGAUAACUUGAUGGUUAACUCGCUGUGAUGAAAACCCAAUUUACUGUGUGGUGAGUCUGGUGACAUGAACAGAAUGGAAUAGUAGUUUCCUUGAUUCAUAAUUUUGUUCUUUUUCCUUCACACAGUUUGUGUAGAACAAUUAUUUUAGGAACUGUAAGCAUUUUAAAAGGCAAACAUCACUUUUUUUGCCGACAAUACGCGAGGUGAACACAACCAGACAGAUCACAUUCACCCCAAUUUCGGUCAUCGUGAUGUUGAGGGGAGAUGCGUUCACGUGCGCUUCACAGUGCUGCAGAGCGAGACCAGUGGAUGGCCCGGGCUCGUGCUACCGUACGCUCCUCCUUCGGUCGCGGAGCUAGUAGUAGCAGCUAUGGACUCUACUGUGUUACCGAGAGGGUUUCCACAGGUGUGGUUUAAAAGUUUGGCUCUGUUACUUGACAACAGAUCGCCAUUAAACUAGCAAGCCAGACAGCGAGCUAGUUAGUUAUAAUGCAGCAAAGACAGCUCAUCUGGAUGAGCAGUACGUAGUAGCUAACUAGCUAGGUCUAGCUAGGUAUCAUUAAGAGAUUUCAGCAACAUUUCGAGAAAAUGCUGAAUUAUCUGGAGGCAGAACAUGGAAACCGUGGAGAAAUUGAAUAAAGACCUAGUUUCACAUAAACUGUUGGAUAAAAAGGUGCUUUCCAAACAGAAUGGCAGAACAGGUAUUGCCAAGCAUCUUUACAACACAUUCAAAAUACACACUUUGCAGAUACAGUCCAUAAAUCGCUCAGAAUGUGCCACUGGCUCAUGUCCCAAUCUGAUGAUGAGUAGGAACGAACAGCAGGACGUCCGCUCGUCCCCCCUGGCCCCCCUAGCCCCCUCGGCCCUCACCCCCCAGCUGCCCCCCCGCGUCCACCGGCCCCUCUGCCUCUCCGUGUCCUCCGACAGCAAUGGCCGCUUCAAGACCCUGGAGACCCAGGAGUGGAAGAACAACCUCAAAGCUCAGAUGGAGCAGGCCCACAGUGCCGGGGCCGCCAGCAGCACUGGCUCCCUGGAGAGAGCCUCCCUGUUCUGCGCCUCCAGCUCCGGCCUGCCCAGCCCGGUGGAGACCCUCACCAAGAGCAAGUCCUCCAGUCGCUUCUCCCUCUUCUCCCCUCCCUGGAACAGCAGCUCUGAGUCCGACUCCAACCCCCCCUCCCGCUCAGGCUCCAAGAAGCUGCGGAACUACAGCCGCCGGGCGGCUACAGGGCCGGCCGGGGUGGGCGGCAGGACCCCCGACGCCCCGGAGCCCAAACCCAGCGGCCCCGAGCACUUCCAGUACUCUGAGCCCGUCAUCUCCAAGGUGACGGACUACAUCUACGUGGGCAACCUGAACGCAGCCUACAGCGGGCGCACGCUGUGUCGUAACAACAUCGACAUCAUCAUCGACAUGAGCGGUCUGCCAGGGGAACCAGGGCCCGGGCGCUGCCUCAGCCUCAUCCCCUGCACCUGCUCCCGCGGUGCCCGGCACAGCUGGUCCCGCCUCAAGGUGGACAUAGCACAGGUCCCCGACGCGCCGGGUGACAGCCCCGCCCUCAAGCAGCGCUGCUUCGACGACAUCAACGGCUGCAUCGACGCGUCCACGGAGAAGAGGAAGCGCGUGCUGGUGCACUGCCGCGACGGCUACUCUCUGGCGCCCGCCUGCAUUAUCCAGUACCUGAUGGUGAAGCAGAACAUGAGGCUUCUGACCGCCUACGAGCUGCUGAGAGCCAAGUACCCCCUGAACAUCCGGGAGUGCCACCAGGACGUGCUGGUGAGCCUGGAGAGGGCUCUGAGGCCGGGGGGCAGCGGGGACCCUGAGGGCUUCAAGCAGGCCAUCUCCCGGAGGGUAGCCUGGUCCUGACCGGAUCCAACACACUCUGAUCAUCUGGGUUUGGUUUUUUAGUAUCAUGGUACGGGCAUUUGAUCUUUUUUGUUUUUAUUUUCGGGGGUUUUAAAGAGUGAUCUAUGGGCAUCUUUACAUGUUGUCGUUAGACUUGCCAGUCAGGUGUAAUUGCCACACCUGCGUCACAAAAGUUGUGAAAUGGAGUUGCUGCUGGUGUUGCCAUUGAACAGCCUGUGAAUGUGAUCUGGGAUUUCUUGUAGUUUUUCUCUCCAUUUCCAUACGAGGAGACAGACAAGAUGUUCUGUGUCCAGCUGCUAAUACAGUCAAAUGAUUAUGUUCUAGAAUCCAAGAAGUGAGCUGAAAACCAUGCCUUUGGCCGCUCAUCCUGCGGCCAUGGCUCAGGUUUGGUUUCAGGGGAAUAUGAAAAUAUGAAUAUGAACCGAAAUGCUUGGAAGACUCAGGAUACCUAUUGAUGUCAUUCCAAUAAGCUACAAACUGCUUCUGGUGCCUGGCAACAGAAGACUGGACUUGUUACUGGAUAAUCUGCCCUUCUCCUGGGGGGUGGAGGGGGGUGGAGGGGCCUCAUGCUGGGAGACUUUGCACAUGGAUACCUGUUGCUAUACAUGGGAGCCUCUACUCUCAUCAUCUUACACACAGACAGUAUGGUAUCCUCAAGACAUUCUCCAUGGUCACCAAACCAGUUGGAAGAUCAUAGCUGCCCUCUGUGAGGAAAACUGUCUUAAUCUAACUGACAUUCUUUUAACCUUUUUUUUUUUUUGACGUAGUGGUGCUUGGAAACUGUGGCUUUGUGAUUUUAGCUUUGGUGUAUGCAGUUAAACUGAUGGUCAGUACCUUUUUUUAUACAAAGUCAGUAUUAUAAUCAGGCUGAAUAACAAUUCAGUGUGUUAUACUGCAACAGAUCGAAUUGCACUACUAGCAAGACUCCAGAAAUGCACCGUUUGGUAGGUUGUAGUGAGCAGACAGUGCUUUCGCCUGUUGGAUCACUUUUUGAGUUUACAUCACUUCUCAAAGACCUCUGGAUUUCAAUUAAUGUAAUAACAUUGUGUUACAUUAAAAUAUGGUAAUAACAUACUGAUCUAGUCUAGGUAAUUACAUAGUGAUCUAGUCUAGGUAAUUACAUAGUGAUCUAGUCUAGUGGUUUCAGUUCUUACCCUCCGGAGUGGUUGCAGUGUCACAGAGGAGGAAUAAUUCUUAAUAACAUCCGUGUAGAUAUUUCUCGUCGGGUUGUUGUACAUGUGUGUUAAUGUGUGGUGAUUCUCUAUGAAAGGAACCUGGAGGUUUGGUGCUGUGGUUUGGGUUGGUGUCUUGUGACGAUACAGUGACACUUGCACACAUUGUAUGCAGUUGUUGGGCAUUGAUAACAUUUUUGUUCACUUUCCUAUUGAUGCUAUUAAAGUUUUAUCAGGACACAUGAUGUUAUGAUAUUACAAAAUAAUCUUCUUCUGUGAAUUGGUUUAAUGCUGUAACUUCUGUUGGUGAUAAAUCGCUGUAUAGUGCUUGUAUUUUUACAAAUGCAAAAUGUGGUGAAUGGUGACCAAUCACCCCAUGGUGAUUAGGAGCUGUUUUGUUUUCUUCUGUAAUUAACUACUGUGGCCAUCGUUUCCUUUUGUUUCUCAAGGCAAUCACUAUAGCGUAGAACUCUUUUAAACUGAAUUGAUGUUGUAGUAAAGAUGAUUUGGGAUCUUGACGUGUUUUGGAUGUUUCAACAUGUUACAACUUGUUCUCAGGUGAAUUCUAAAUGGUCCAUAAUCUUCUGGAUGAUUAUGAAAUUAGAAUAUGUGAAGCAAUGUAUUUCCUGUGUCAUGUUUUUUAGAGUCUGAUGCAUUUUUAUGUGUAAAUAUGAAAGGGAAAAGCAUAUUAUUCUAAACAUGAUCUCCAUAACUCUAAGAUGUGUGUGGUCUGGUUUGUUGAUUAGAUCAGUGGUCUGUAAGGGUUAUUAUUAUGAAGUGCUGCCAUCAUAUUAGAUCUUCUGGGGGCUGUUUCCUCCAUGAUGCAAUCCUGUCACAUUGGGAAGAAGGGGGUAACAGUUUACAUGAAAAUUAAGCAAAGUUGCAAAAAUAAAAGAUCUCUAUUCACAAAUAAACAUGCUUCAAAAAAAGAAAGAAAAAAGUCAUAGCAACGUACUGUUGGUUUAU